AUGUCUCCAACCGCAUUGGCUCAUUUGGACGAAUUGAACUGUUCAUCCAUGAGCCUAGUUCCCAGUCAACCGGGGAUAAUGAGCGCGCAUUACUUUUGCACUGUGCCCAAUUCUGCAACAACUGUCGCUCUGAACACCGGACACACGUAUCAAACGUUACAACCGAGGCAGACAAGCACACGACAAGCCAGCAUCUAUACAACUGACUCCUUGGCCGGGACAUGCCGGGUAAACGGAGAGUGUUUCAAGCGCAACUUAUUUUUGGACAGAACGUUGUGCACUCAAAACGGUCACUACACACCACUAUUGAAACAUGCGACAAAUACAAAACUGCCGCCGAUCCGACAUUUGCAAGCAUCCCAACCCGAUCUAACCGAAAACACACCGAACGAACAGCCUCGAGAAGGACAAACCGUCCCAACUAAAGGUACGCUUGUUCAUUGCGAUCGUGCAUUGAGUCUCAGCGAUCUGACACCACAAGCUUUGCAAUUGCUUCCAUCCCCCACCGAGGAACGUUUGCUCAAGGAACAAAAAGCGCGAGCACCAUUGAGCACAGACUACAUCGAGCCGCAAACGAAUGAGCAGUUCUCCGCAAGACGUAGUCACAAACCCAGCAAUGUAUGCUGCAAUCGAACAAUCAAAUCACUCGCGGUCGGGUUAGAUCAAGCUGGUGCCCUAAGCGGUUCAUAUAAUAGUGCCAGUUUUGUUUGA